AUGGACGGAAUGCUAGUAAAAUAUGGGGAUAUUAGACAAAUUAUAUUCUUGAAGGGCUCAAACGAGGUACAAUUCAAAUACUCACUUAAGGAUGAAGUCAAGUUUGUAACUCUUGAAAAUUUAAGACUAUCAAGAAACAUAGAAAUAGUACCUGUAUACACAAAGCGUCAAGAAAUACCCCUUAAAAAAUAUGAUAGUCUAUUGGAAAUGUGCGAAAAAAAUAUAAUUGAUGAAAAAUACCAUGAAGAAUAUAAAUCCCUCAUUGCAAAAGAUACUCCUGUCACUUUACCAGAAUCCGAUGAAGAAGACACCAUUAGCAAUUAUGAAUAA